CAUUCUCAUUAUGUUAUUUUUAUACGGUCAGGGUUUUACUAGCACUCCCCUUACUCCCACUCACAAACAUGGAUAGGGUUCUACUUUUCGAUCUACACCAACCCCAGAUUAUCAUUCCCGAGCCGAAUACCAGCGCCAUGGACGUGGCCAAGGAAUGCCUGCCGCCGGGAACAAUGGUACGCAUAUCGCUCCUCGACUCACCGCCGCCGGAUACGAAUGAGGCGGAUUCCAUCUAUCGGGUUGUGAAGUACGAUUAUUGCCGACAGUUGCUGCGACUCAAGACUGUGAUGCCGAAGACCGCCGAGUUGGUGGCGAAUAAUGAGGAGACACCGCAACUCGAAUCUCUCCAGGAUGCGGAAGCUCAACUCGUAGCAAAGCAGGGACAGGAACUGGAAGCCAGGCAAGGAAUAGAAGCUAAGCAAGGGCUAGAUGAGAAGCAGGAGCUAGAAGCGAAGCAGGAACUGCUGGAUAUUAGCGAAGAUGCUCAGGCGAAGGGCGAUGGCCUCGCCAAUCAAGAUGUUCUAGAUGUCAAGCCGGAGAUGCUAGGUGCUAGUGCUCGUUCGAUCACUCAACUGGAAGGUGGUGGCGCAGAAGCCAACCAGGAGGCAGGAGACGAGGCUCCCCAAGUGAUCCUUGUCGAUUUACGUUAUUGCUGCAAGCUAGAAAUCAUCGGGCAGGCCGAGACAGGGCAGCCAAAGAAGGAAGAGGAUGUGCAGGAGCCAGAUGAAGAUGUAGGGGCGGACGGAGUAGAGCAGAAAGUAGAACUCCAGGAGAUGGAAGGAGAAGGGAAUUCCACACCGCCACAUUCAGAACACGAAGACAUAGUACCACUGAACGCAGAGGAGAAGGAGAAUCUGGACAUUGAGCAGGACAUUAAUAAAGUGAAGCCAGUUGCCAGUGAGGAUGAUGAGAACAAGGAUGAUGAGAACAAGGACGAUGAGGGCAAGGAUGAAGAGUCCAAGGAAGAAGAGGCCAAGCAGGAUGAGGCCAAGGAUGAAGAGUCCCAGGAGGAAGAUUCCAAGGCUGAAGAGACCAAGGAGGAAGGCUCUAAGGAGGAAAACUCCAAAGAUGAAGACUGCAAGGACGCAGAGUCGCAGUCCAUCCAGGAUGAAACGAAUCAGUCAGAGGUGCCAGACCUCCUGCUCGACAUGGAAGUGUCGGAAUGUGGCAACAUCGACUACGACUUUGAUGACGAUCCAUCCUACCAACCAGGCGCCCUCGUCCUGGAGCUUCGCCGCCUGCUCCGCCGCGAGCUGCCCCACGUCGGCAAGAUUCGUUGCCAGCCCGAUGCCAUCAUCGUGGACCGGGUCAUCAUCCAUCGUCCUUACUUGGCCAUCAAUGUGGCAGUCCAGUCCGAACCAGAAGUCACGCCCCCCGACACCACGCAUUCAAACGUUGAUAACAGAGCACACACUGCUGGGCAGUUGCUGGCGGAGAUCCGCUCCCUCGUCCACCAGUUCCACGAGGAGUUCAUCUUGGUGCUGAUGUGGCGCCGACUGCGCUACAACGAGUCCAUUUUGGAGACACCGCGCUUCGAUCAAUCAUCCUUCAUGGACAAUCCGACCGAUACCGACCAGCCACCCGAUGCUGGGGAUGAGGAUGAUGACUUGCUCCGCACCGAUCCGGAGCCAGAACCGGAAACAGAACCGGAGCCGGAGGAGCCAGCGAAGCCAGCGAAGCCGGCGAAGAAGCCGCGCAAGGAGAGACGCUACGCCAACUUUCAUAACAAGUACGAGUAUGUGGUAAAGAAGGUGGACACGGCUCCGCCGGAGGCGUUCCUCAGCCGACUGCGACAGAUCCAGGCCGACAAGAUGAGGAUCCGCCAGCUGGAGAUGGCCAAGGCCCGGCUCGAGGAGAACCGGCGCCUCGGCAUCAACCGGGCACUGAUCAGCAACUCAUCAUUGGAGUUGAGUCCGCGUCCCAGACGCCCAGGACACAGGCAGGCUUUCCCGCCGUACGAUCCGCCCAAGGAUCGCGAUUCGCAACUUAGCGACGCAACUUUUUAACCAAACCGGAGAUGGUCCGGAUUGGGCAUCAUCUUUUUUUGAAGAACAACAAACCACCGGGGACUGCUAUGGCAAGUCGGCAACCGAUGAGGUGAUGCCCAGAUUGUUAAAAUGAAAAUGAGAAAACGCCUGAACGAAAACUCAAGAUGCUUAAGAAUAUCACACAUAUAUGUUGUUAUACUUACAGAAAAUAAAAUUAUAUAGUUUCAGGCCAA